UCUCACCUCAGUUCACAUAAUGCACCAGCAAGGGGUUAAAAUCCCUGAACUCUCUUCCCUGGGCACAGCAUCUGGUGUGUCCAACCAUUAAAUCCUUUCCUCAUCCCUGCUAAGCUUGACGGACGGCCAGACGAGCCAAUCACAGCGUAAAGCUGCCCCACAGCCAUCCAAUAGCAGUUCAGGAAAGAAGGAGGGACAUUCCUGGAUCACAUAGCUUGGGUUUGUAGCAUCCUUGUAGCUCAAGUCUUGUCUUUGAAUAAAAUGCCAUGAAAGAAAACCAGAGAACAGCUGAGAAGGAAGAAACGAGACGUAGUUUUGUACAGAGAGAGAAAUGUGGUGAACGCAGGGACCUAGAGGGGAAAAACCUUUCAAUUCACAGCCCCUCAGCUGCUCUGUUCUAGCUGAGGAACGAAGGAGGAGGGGUGAAAGGAGAAAUUCCCUCUCCUUUUUUCCAUCGUCUGCCUGGUAAACCUUGGAAGGACAUCAGCUGUGGCCACAUUUCUUCAUGAACAGGAUUCUCGCAGGAGUUCAGGAUCACCCUGAGCAUCAUGGCCGAGGCCUGCUGGAGGACUGAAUCCCUGUAGGGUUGCCUUCAAAGCGCACUCGGCUCGCCUCCGCGCCGGCGUCCUGCAAGAACCAUGUCUCUGACCACCACCAAACCCGAUAUGUUCACCUCCACCCAAACCCUGACCCCGUUCCCGGCCCCUACAUUCCCCCUCGCCACCUUCAUUCCUGUUCUCACAAGUUCAGCAGAGCCCAGAACUGAGCCGGAGAACGUGACGUUCAGGACCACCUUCCGCUCCGUCACGACGUCCGCGAACGAGACCGGCCUGAACUCCACACAGCUGCCCGUGGCGUCGGUGGAGGGCGCCGGGAUGGGGAUGGUGCUCGUGCCGUUUGGAAUCAUUACAGUCAUUGGGCUGGCUGUUGUUGUGCUUCUGUACAUCAGGAAAAAGAAAAGGCUGGAGAAACUGAGACACCAGCUGAUGCCCAUGUAUAACUUUGAUCCAGCUGAAGAACAGGAUGAUCUAGAGCAGGAACUCUUGGACCACGGACGCGACGGAAGCCCAGCAGGACCAAACUCCAAAACACUGACCACAAGUCAGGGAACAACUCAAAAACCCAGUCGACUUGUUUUCACUGACGUGGCUGAUGCCAUUAAUGCAUGAUGACACUCAUGCUGCACAGGAAAAAAGGGACACAGAAUUCUGGACAACUGGACACUGGGAUUCAGGAAUAUUUGGUAUGAUAUAGUACACUGUAAAAAAUAAAAUGUAUAACAUUGGGUACUGGGAACUGCUGCCAUUGUAGUUAAUAAUUCCUUAAGCCAAAGUUACAACCUGCAGUGUUAAAGGAAUAGUUCACUCCAAAAUGAAAAUUUGCUGUAAAUUUACUCACCCCCAAGCCAUCCAAGAUGUUUCUUCAUGGGAACAGAUGUGGACAAAUUUAGCAAUCUAUCACUUGCUCACUGAAUGAGAGUCCAAACAUAUGACUGAUAAAAGUCCUCUCUCAUCAAAAUCCACCCAUAUAUUUGUUUAGAACUAUUUUGGCUGGUAAACGGUGCUUGAUCUGUGCAUAUUUCUCUCCUGAUUCAGACCAGACAACGUUUUCACUGCAGAAAGCAAUAUUAUGGAUAGACGACUUGUAUUUUAACUUACUUGUGGAUUAUUGUGAUGUUUUUAUCAGCUGUUUGGACUCUCAUUCUCAUGGCACCCAUUCACUGCAGUGUAUCCAGAUUCCUUUAAGAUCAGUAAAAAAAUUUUGACCACUUUGAAAUGAUGACAAAGAACAUAAACUCAGAAUCUCUGAGUGCAAGUGGUGACAGAAAUUAUUGCAACAAAUAAACAAUGAUGAAAACAUUUUUACAGUGACAAAUAUUGCAUUAUACAGUUUAAGGACGCGUGAUUAAAAAUCUGCAAAAAAAAAAAAGUUCUGCACUACUACAGAAGUCAACUGGAUCUGUCCAACUGUUAUAAACACUCAUGCAACAUGGACUUUAUUGUCAUCUCUAGCCAUAAAAAAAAGCCUCAUUCAUGCAACAUGAGCAGAACGAAUGAUUCGUAAAAUGUGCAUAAUGUGACAAUUUACAAAACAAUAAUUUUAGAAACAUUGAAUGAGGCUCAUUGUGUUUCUUGUUUAUCAGAAUGACUGAUAAAAUAAUGUUUAUUUUUAAGAAGGGACUCCAAAUGCAACUUUAACCCCUUUUUUUGUUAGAAUUCUUUAUUAGUUUGGUUCAUUAUUUAUUCACAGCUAAAGGUGUUCUGUAAACUGACAAGUUUACUGAAAGGAAUUACAUGAACUUUCCCUGAGAACAGAAUUUUUAGCUUUAAAGUAACAUUUGUUUAAUUUAAAUUGUGAUGAAGUGUCAGAGGUGACAUCAGUCAGCCAUUUCAGAUGCAGUAUUAUAAAGAUCUUCCAUGUGAAAUGAACUGUUUCGGUUCACUGAAACACAAACGUUCUGUCACAGCCUGUGAAUCUGCAUAAAUGAUGAAUGUUGACUGAUUACGCAAGAUUUACAAUGAAAAAAGUGAUUUUUUUUUUGUGUGUGUGCAUGGGUGUAGAUGAAAUAAACAAAAUGUAAUAAUUCUAUGUGCACCACAAACCAGUGGUGGAUCAUUUUAAAGAUGUUUUUAACUUUUAUGACAAUGAAGGGCAUAAUAAAAAUAGAUAUUUACACUAUGAUGUGCA